AUGGGCAGCGAUCUCAAAGCUCGCCUCAAAGCUAAGUUCUCUCGAAGAAGUUCGACGUCGGGUUCCGUCAAGUCGGGCCACAGCCACAGCCACGGCGAGACGCAGCUUUCCCAGCGAGACGAGUCAAGGAGUCUCGCCUCGACAGACAAUCACUCGCGCCCUGCCUCUGUCCGCCUUGACCCUCAGUCCAGCAGCAACCUAGGAGCGCCCGUGCCCGACGCCGAUGAGGCACCCGUCCGAAUCGUGAUUUCCCCUGAAGAUAGCACGACAACGUCUUCGUCCACGGCCUCGACGUCGCCCAGUGAAGAGGUGCAGCCGCAAGAGUCAGUUACCCGUGACCCCAGCUCCCAGCUGUCAGCCGCCCCAAAGCGGCGUACGGCUAGUGAUGGUACUGGAAACGAUCUGCACCAUCCCAUGGCCGCAACCACGUCCAGUCUGGCCAGCAUCAACGAAAACCAAACCUUAGUUGACGCUAGCAUCGCCGCAAGCCCACCUGCCACAAAGCUCCCUCCCUCUGUUUCCACCUCUGCUCGCAAUACUGCUGCGUCCUCCGCUGCCGCUGCCGCCGCCGCCUCCGCUGCUGUUGCCGUUGCCGCUGCCGCUGCUGAUCCCGACGACGACGACGACAACGACGAAGACGAAGACGAUCAGCUCGACCCGCUGCAUUGUGGGCCUGCAGCCUCUGACGUUCCAACACCCGCGCCUGCGACAGCGCCCGCGCCCGUGCCAAAAUCCCCCUCCGCCUCCUCCAUCGCAAGGCCGACCGGUCCCCCGCGCCGGCAGAGCCUUCUCCCGAACCGACAAGACGCCCUCAUCAAGACUCUGCUGCAAGCCGCCAACAUCAACGAGGCAGAUUUGACUGCCGACCAUCUGCUGUCGAUCAACGCCAACAUGGUGACCCGCAAGAUCUGGGUGAAGCGGGCCGGUGCCUCGGCCACUCUGAUCACGAUCAACGAAGAAGACCUGGUCGACGACGUACGCGACAUGAUCCUGAAGAAAUACACAAACUCCUUGGGAAGACACUUUGACGCCCCCGACUUGACAUUGCGUAUCUUUCCGCGCGAAGAGCGGCAGGAGAGGCUUUUGGGUCCCGAAGAACCCAUGGGUCGCACCAUCGACGCAUACUUCCCUGGCGGUCAAACCGUCGAUGAGGCUCUCGUUAUUGACAUACCGACCCGACGAACACCUCGACCAUCGCCGAGAGGCGCCGUCUCCCAUCCGACAGCCGUAUACUACGCCCAUGACACAGGGAGGCCCUCGGAGGCUGGAGAAGGUUAUUUCCCACCUGUCGGCGCCAUCCCCUCCCCCAACCUCGAAGUCCCCGGGGCUGCGCCAAACGGCGGCCCGCCGCCGCCUCACGCAAUCCACAUUCAGCACACAGGACACCUCCCACAUUCAAUAUCGAUCCUUGGGACGGGCCAGGUUCCCCCCAUUCCCUCCCCCGGUCGUUCGCAUGCGUACAAGACCCGACCGAACAGGCCACAACUCGGAAGGACGCAUACGUCAUCUCCGACCUUCAUCAACGGCGUGCCAUCUAAUGUGGGUGGGCCUCCCACAGCUCAUCCCGUACACUCCUCGUUCCAUCCCAGGUUACCACCCUCAAGAACGCAGUCCAACGCCUCGGCCGAGUCAGCUGCCAUUGUGCCACCAGCACCUCCCCUAGCUACACCUCCUGCUCCAGAAAUGCCGUCGACGAUGCAAAGAAUCUCGACCCCGCCCCCGAGAAUUGCGUCUCCACGUCCUUCCAGCGCUCGGCCGGCAAGAAAGAAGAUCGCACCCGCUCACCCCGUGCUCCCAUCCGGGAUGCUGGCCGGUGGCGUUCCCCCAAUCAACGUGCUCAUCGUCGAGGAUAACCCUAUCAACCUGAAGUUGCUCGAAGCGUUUGUCAAACGUUUAAAGGUGCGCUGGAAGACUGCAAUGAAUGGCAGGGAUGCCGUCAAGAAGUGGAAGGGCGGAGGCUUUCAUCUCGUGCUCAUGGACAUCCAACUCCCCAUCAUGAAUGGACUCGAUGCCACGAAAGAAAUCAGACGACUCGAGCGCGUCAACUCGAUCGGUGUCUUCUCGUCGUCUGCUUCGGGCGUCUUCUCCGGAUCAGUGACGAGCGAGCCUGAGGGAACGGAGGGCGACAUUGAAGACAAGGAUCGUCUCGCCAACAUUGAGCUGUUCAAAAGCCCGGUCAUCAUUGUUGCGUUGACAGCCAGUUCCCUGCAGAGCGACAGACACGAGGCGUUGGCUGCCGGCUGCAACGAUUUCUUGACCAAGCCGGUCAACUUUGUGUGGCUAGAACGCAAGGUCAUGGAAUGGGGAUGCAUGCAAGCCCUCAUUGAUUUCGACGGAUGGAGGCAGUGGAAGGACUUUGCACAGGAUGCCGAGGAGAACGACGCCGCAAAGAAGGCGGCGGGCGCCAAGGCGAAAUCGAAGAAGAACCGAUUGUCAGUGACGACGGCAGCGGCAUAG